CAGGGUCCCUGCCGUAGUUAAAGAUGCUGUCCUGUCUGCUCAUGUUAUCACUUGGACAAAGACGAUAAGCAUUUGAAACAACAAGGUAGGAUGGAAAACCACACAGGAUCCACUAAACCGAAUGGCAAACUGGAGGGUUCUGCAGCCCCCUCACCCAAAGAGACCAUGCAGCUCAAAAAAGAAAUCUCGCUACUGAACGGCGUCAGCCUCAUCGUGGGUAACAUGAUUGGUUCGGGCAUCUUUGUGUCACCCAAGGGUGUUCUCAUCUACAGUGCCUCCUACGGACUGUCUUUAGUCAUCUGGGCAAUUGGUGGCAUCUUUUCAGUGGUAGGAGCUCUCUGCUAUGCUGAGCUCGGCACAACAAUCACUAAAUCUGGUGCCAGCUAUGCUUACAUCCUGGAGUCGUUCGGAGGCUUCAUAGCAUUUAUACGACUGUGGACGUCGCUGCUCAUCAUUGAACCUACGAGUCAGGCUGUUAUUGCCAUCACUUUUGCCAACUACUUGGUUCAGCCGCUCUUCCCCACCUGCGAGCCCCCCUAUUCUGCUUCUCGCCUCAUUGCUGCAGCCUGUAUCUGCCUUCUGACCUUUAUUAAUGCCGCUUAUGUUAAGUGGGGUACCAGAGUGCAGGAUGUGUUCACAUACGCUAAAGUGCUGGCCCUAAUCGUCAUUAUAAUCACUGGGACUGUCAAACUGUGCCAAGGUUCCACAAUGAACUUUGAGAAUUCUUUCCAAGGCUCAUCUCGUGACCCAGGAGAUAUCGCUUUGGCGUUGUACUCUGCUCUUUUCUCGUACUCUGGCUGGGACACUCUUAACUUUGUCACAGAAGAGAUUAAGAACCCUGAAAGGAACCUUCCUCUAUCCAUUGCAAUCUCCAUGCCGAUUGUUACGAUCAUCUAUAUUCUCACAAAUGUGGCCUACUACGCUGUGCUUGACAUGAGUGUCAUCCUAGCCAGCGAUGCUGUUGCUGUGACCUUUGCAGACCACACCCUGGGAGUGAUGAGCUGGACCAUCCCCAUUGCGGUUGCUUUGUCAUGUUAUGGAGGUCUGAACUCUUCCAUCAUCGCUGCGUCCAGGUUGUUCUUUGUAGGAGCUCGGGAAGGUCAACUCCCAGAUGCUUUAUCCAUGAUUCACAUGGAGAGAUUCACGCCAGUUCCUGCUCUGCUAUUUAAUUGUGCUAUGGCUCUGAUCUACCUUGCUGUGGAGGAUGUUUUCCAGCUGAUUAACUAUUACAGCUUCAGUUACUGGUUUUUUGUUGGCCUGUCCAUUGCCGGCCAGAUCUACCUUCGCUGGAAGGAGCCAGACAGACCACGACCACUUAAGUUGAGUCUGGUUUAUCCCAUCAUUUUCUGCAUGUGUGUUGUGUUCCUGGUGGCUGUGCCACUUUAUUCUGACACACUCAACUCACUCAUUGGAAUUGCAAUUGCCCUCUCUGGGGUGCCCGUUUACUUCUUGGGAAUCUAUCUUCCAGAAUCCAAGCGCCCACCCAUCAUCAAUAAACUACUACGUGCCAUCACUCGUUUUACCCAGUUCUCCUGUUUUUGUGUGCUCACUGAGAUGGACACAAGUGAAUAAAACAUUCAUCAAAACACUUGCACUCUUCUGACCCACAAACCCAAAAGGACUAGUUGGUGGAAAGGAAAUCUGGAGAUAAGGGGAAAGAUCUUCUACACUUGUCAAGACACAUGUGCACUCUUAAUGUCAUUUACUGGCAGACACUGCAUUAGAUUUGUCUUUAUCUCUAUUAUAAAAGGUCUCCGGUGAGGUCAUGGUGUGUUAUUAGGAAUAUAAACCUAUGAACCAGUUGGAAUGACAUUAAGGUCCCACUUAAAAUAUUUGGUUAAUAAUGUCUGUGAAUUAUGCAAAGACCACCUGAGCAGGUUGCAAUUGUGAACAUGUCCAAGAAUUAGAUUUAAUUAGCUCAUUAGAUAUUUAUGUAAUGUAAAACAUUUUCUUUGCUUUGUUUAUCUAACAAGGUUUUGUUUAAAAGCUAGUAUUUAAAAGUAUUUAGCUGUCAGUUUAUUUAUCCAAUUUUUUAAGUGAAGGUAUCUUGAUUUUAUUUAUAUGUACCUUUGUGGUUUAAUUUUCAUCACAACUGUGACAAUUCUCACAGUGAUUGGAGUGUUUUCUGCCUGUUUUCUGAUUGGAGUGUUACUAAAGGUUAAGGUCAAUGCCGUUUAAUUGCUACAUGCCUUAAGUUUUUAGAGGGAAGGUGAUUGGACUCACUUGAACCUUUAAAGCUGCUGCUAUGCUGUUAGCUUGUCAUACAUUUGGCUGCUCGUGUACAUGUAUCACACAAAGUGGCUAGAUAAGAACAAAGAUGAAGGGUACAUUAGAUGUGCUGGAAACAUUUGUCGAUUCAAUCGGGGAAUGCACUUUUUUAUCUCAAUAAAAUUGAAAACUUAAAGGUAUUAAAUGUUCAUUGUUAAAAUUAGAAGAAAAUACAAUAUGCCAAUGAAUUCGUAAACCCCAUUGAUCCAAAGAUUCAAUUCAUCAUGUAUAUAAUGGAAGGGUUGUACUUGCUUGUUUGAU